AAUAUUUCUAAAUUGAAAAACAGAAAAAUAGGCCUUGGAAAUAAUUUCUUUCCUGAAAGUAACACCCAAUCUAACUCAUAUCAUAAAUCUAGUAAAGAAAACCUAAAAAUGAACGCGCAUUUAAAACUCCUAGUGCGACUCCUGUUCGCCGUUCUAUUGGUGUCCUUGAUUUCCACGCUUUUCCUGGGCAAGCACAUACACAAGCACAUUAUUGAAUCGGUCAAGUCAAAGAUUAUUCAUGGAGAAACUGAGAUACCCAAAGAUAUUCCAAAAGGGAUUCAUUUAGAGUCCUCCUUGGCGGCUCCUUUUGACGUCCAAAAAACCCCAGAAAAUAUUGUACCCUUGGACAGCAUCAAUGUCAAAGAAUUCGAUUCCCUGAAGGUAAACAGAAAUGCCUUGUCCCACCUAUUAAAGCAGAAGGGCGCUCUCCGGGACUGGCACGACCGGAGGGCUAUGAUACUGGACAGGCACCGGCAGGGACUUGGCAAAAUGGGAAGGCCAGUUGCCAUUUCGGAUCAAAAAUCUUUGAAAGCCGAUAAAAAGCUACUCGGUAUCCAUGGCUUUAAUGCCGAGCUGUCCGAUUUGAUUUCCGUAAAUCGAUCUUUGCCGGAUGUUCGAUCGCAAAUCUGCCACUUGAUCAAGUACCCGGCAAAACUGCCCAUGGCCACUGUGAUUAUUGCUUUUCACAAUGAGCACCUGAGUGUUCUCCUUCGAUCCAUACACAGCCUAGUGAAUCGUUCUCCUCCCGGGCUCCUUGGUGACAUUAUCCUUGUGGAUGAUGCCAGUACUUUGGUAGCCUUAGGACAAAAACUGCAUCGGUAUUUGAGAAAGACCUUUGGGGAGCUGGUGACCUUGGUGAGACUCCCAAAAAGACGGGGUCUGAUUAAGGCCAGAAUGGAGGGUGCUCAAAGAGCCCCCUGGCAGGUUUUGAUCUUUCUGGAUUCCCACAUUGAAGUGACUCAUAAUUGGCUACCCCCUCUGCUGGCCCCCAUUGCCGCUCAUCGCACCAUUGCCACAGGACCCAUUGUGGACGGCAUUUCCCGGGAAACCUUUGCUUAUGAAGCAGGAGCCACUCUCACCCGCUCUGGCUUCAAUUGGCAUCUCCAUGUAAAGCAUCUGCCACCCUUUCCCGAAGACUCUCAGGUUCCCUCCUCGCCCUAUCGCACUCCCUUGCUGGUGGGUGGCUUGGCCAUUGACAGGAGCUACUUUUGGGAGCUUGGUGGCUACGAUGAGAAGCUGGACAUCUGGGGCGGAGAGUAUCUAGAGAUGAGCUUUAAAAUUUGGAUGUGCGGCGGCAUGCUGCUCUAUGUACCCUGCUCUAGGGUGGCACACAUCUCGAGGGGACCGGUGCUGGAGAGAGCUAGUCCAAGGAAAUACAACUUUCUGGGAAGGAACUACAAACGCGUGGCCGAGGUCUGGAUGGAUGACUACAAGAAAUUCGUUUACCAACGUAACCCCGAACUAUUCCUCAACGUGGAUGCUGGCAAUCUGACCGCCGUGAAGGCUCAGAGAAAGCAGCUAAAAUGCAAAUCCUUCCAUUGGUACAUGACCAAGGUGGCUCCCGACUUUCUUGAAAAGUUUCCACUGGUAGACCUUCCUCCACUGGCCUCGGGUGUUAUUCAGAGCGUGGCCUAUCCCUCCCACUGCAUGGACACUCUCAAGGGGGAGUACAACCAGCCAAUGGGCCUGGCACCUUGCAAUAAUCCUCCAAGCAAGCACCAGGACUGGACUUUGACCCGGGAUCAUGAGAUCCGACUGAAGUCAGGCAAUGCCUGCCUUGAAGUUAGCGACAUAAAGGAUUUUAACGUUCCUGUGAAGCUGUAUCACUGCCACAGUCUGGGCGGAAAUCAGUUUUGGUAUUAUAAUCCCAAGUUAAAGUGGAUCCAGCAGCGUGAAGGGUGGUACCACUGCCUCGAGGCCAUCCCGCCGGUAGAAUCAAAUCCUGGACGUGUGGUGUCCAAUUAUUGCCGUAAAAGCAACAAGCGUCAAAAGUGGAACUUUGGAUAUCUUUGAGAUGGAUUUGCCUUGCUAAAAUAUUAAUUAA